UGAUAUGUGGGUCACCAGGCAACAUACGGAGGAUCAUGUUGGCCGCUGCGGGGCUCAACAUGGUGGCUACAGGCGAGUAUGCGUUCUUCAACAUAGAGAUCUUUACAGGGACGUCUGCGAACUACAAGCCGUGGCUCAACACCAGUGACACGGAGGAACGGAAUGAGCUGGCGAAGAAGGCGUACGAGGCCGUCUUGACCGUGAUGGCCAGGGCCCCCAGUAGUGACCAGUACAAGAACUUCUCCAGUCAGGUGAAGAAGAUCGCCCAGGAGGAGUUCCUCUACACCUACGAGGAGGAGAGUGUGAACCCCUACGUCGCCGGGUUCUUCGAGGGUAUACUGGUGUACGCAGCAGCUCUCAACUCGACACUGCGUGAGGGCGGGCGGCUGGCUGAUGGCAAACACAUUGUAGCCAACAUGUGGAACAGAACCUUUGAUUCUAAUGUGGUUCCUCCAUGGUUUACUGGGAACAUUUCGAUCGACGCGAGUGGUGAUAGAAAGGCUGACUACUCGCUGUUGGAUAUGAACCCUGUCACUGGCAUCUUUGAGUCGGUGGCGACUUACUACGGCCAGAGUGAAAGUCUUCAGUUUACUGGGAACAUCUCGUGGCCCGGGGGGCGGCCCCCCCGUGAUCAACCAGUCUGUGGCUUUGACAACUCCAGGUGUCCCGAGCCCCAGGGACCCUGGAGUAUAGUGGCCGGCCUCCUGGCACUCCUCGUGGUCCUCAUGGGUGUUGGCAGCGUCUUCAUUUACAGGUAAAUAGCAUCAUUUACACACCUGCUCACCUCUUGACACGUAAGUUACUCCCAUAUUUACAUGUCUCAUUUACAGCCUUAGUUAAAUGCGUUAUGUAAACCUUACAAUUAUGAACUUGUUUACCCAUAUGAUCUUUAUUUACAUGAUUUACAAAAUUAUGAUUUACAAUUGUAUAGGGAUUGGGUGGAUGGGUUAGGGAUAGGAUGAAG